AUUUUCCUGAAGCUGCACAAUGAAAGUUAUACUAGUCUUGGGGAUCCUUUAUGCAUGCUGGAAAAUCUGGCAGAUAUUCAAAAAGGAGAUUCGCCCCUUGGACAUGAUACCCAAUGCUUUCAAUGACCAGUAUAUAGGGUGUUCUGGCAUGGAAAUACAAGCAAAACACCUGCUGGAAGAAGAAAUAGAAAUGAACCCACCCCUGAAAGGUCAGUGGAAUAAGGCAGCAAAGAAAUGGAAUGAAGUGAAAGGAAGUGUCCCAAAAGGCUUUCACAAAAACUAUGGAAAAGCAGUCAUAGUGUAUACUGACUAUAUUAACAGUCAAUUUAAUGAGGCAGUAAUGUCUAGCGGGGAAUCUCUAGCUACUUACAAAGAUAACUUCAAAUUCAAAGGCUUUCAUUAUUAUUUGACAAGAGCUUUGCAGGUCCUCAGUGAGGACUACGAUCCAAGGUACCACAGGUGGGUAUUCAGGGGAGUUGAAAAUGUUGCAUAUCAGUACAGCAAGUCUGGCCCUGUCAGGUUUGGACAUUUUGCCUCUUCGUCUUUCAGUAGAACUGUAGCUAAAGGAUUUGGCACAACCACAUUCUUCACCAUCGACACUGGCUUUGGGGUUAAUAUCAUGAGAUUUUCAUUUAACGUGUCACAACAGGAAGUGCUAAUCCCGCCCUGUGAGAUAUUCAAGGUGGUUCACGUAGACAAAGAGAGCAACCACUACUUCCUCCAGAGCACCAGACAGACCUGCAGCUACUUUAACUGUGCAUACGAAGGGGGUGAGUACUGCUCUGAGUGUCUGCAAUGCUUCUAG